GAGCGCGGAGAUCGCGGGCGAUGUUCAGGCGCUAGCUGGCGAGUGGACGUCUUCACAUACUGUCGACUUGCAUCCCGGAGGCUGCGUCUGCUGCGUUAGCUGGACUACUAACACUCGCCACCACCAAUAUGUUUAUUGGAGUAACAUCUGCUGGAGACAACGUGAACUCACACUACGAUUAUUUGAUUUGAACUACAUUUGAGAAACUAUUUUUUAUAGAAUAAAACAAAAUGGCUCUGGACUUUAUUGCGGGCUGCAUUGGAGGUUGUGCCGGAAUAAUAGCUGGUCAUCCGUUAGACACUUUGAAAGUUCACGUUCAAUCCGGCCGAGGUAGUGCGUUGGAGUGUACUAAAGCUCUAUUGAAAGGAGGAACAUUGUCAACCGCAUAUCGAGGAAUAGGUGCUCCUCUAGGAGGAAUCGCAGCAAUAAAUGCGAUGGUGUUCGGCGCAUAUGGGAAUACGAGAAGAGCGCUUUCCAACUCGAACUCACUAAGCAGCCACGCUUUAGCAGGCGGAGUCGCUGGCCUGCUUCAGAGCUUCGCGUGUGCACCCGUCGAGCUCAUCAAAACGAGGCAGCAGCUAGCUAAGCCGUCAGAAGGGUUGCCUUCCGGAGCGUGGGCAGGAGCUCGACAUAUUCUGCGCUCUGGUGGAUUUCGAGCUCUGUUUCGCGGUUUGGGGAUCACGAUGCUCCGCGACACUCCAGCCUUCGCUAUUUAUUUCACAUCAUACGAAGCGAUGACGCGCGGAGAUCUGUCUGUUGUGAAAGUGUUCACAGCCGGCGGCGUUGCCGGGACGCUGUCUUGGGUACUUUUGUACCCAGUGGAUGUUGUUAAAUCUAGGUUUCAGGGUGACGCUAUCGGUCGGUACACAGGCGCCUGGGACUGCUUCGUCAAGUCGGUACAAAUGGAUGGAUGGCGUUGUAUGAGUAGGGGCAUAGGUGCUGUGACUUUGCGUGCGUUUAUCAGUAAUGGGGCGUGUUUCACGGCUGUGGCGUGGACUGAGCGUGCCUGGCAACGGAUCCUGUCGUCAGAACCCGUGGCAUCUCCGAUACUUCAGGCAGCAACGAUUAGUGAGACUGUGCGAUGUGAUCAUUCUGAAUAUAAGUACGACUUAUAAAUUAUUGUUAUUCAUAAAAUUUUUAAGUUUGUUUUAAAUGAUUACAAUAGUAAGUUUCUUAUUCGUAAGUAAGGAGGUUUAUAAUGCAUUGCAUUGAUGUUAUUUUAUUACGAUGGCGUUGAAAAAAAAAAAAGAUUGUUUAUGUUCGUCCUGUACAAUUAUUUUUAUAUUAAUAAAAUAAAAGUGAGGAACAUGGA